AAUUCACAAGGUCUAACAUAAAUAGAUUGUUUACACUGGCUAAUCUCUGGGAUGAAAGAAAGGAAAACAUUAAUGAACAAAAACUAUAUAGAGAAUUAUGGAGAGUUGCACGAAAUAUCACGCAAAAGGCAGUUCAACUUCAUAGACAAGAU